AUGCGCCUCCCACUCCCUGGACCAACAACCCUCACUCUCCUCCUCCUCACAGCCCUAAACACUCCACCAACAAAAGCAUGCACUCCACCCCCCGACCCAACACCCGAAUACCUCCUCACGCGAGCGCCCUGCACCACGGACGCCACCUGCCAGACCACAACCACCACCACGACCGCCACACCCCCCGGGAACGAAUUCUGCUUCCACCCCGCACACAGAUGCCUCCCGCGCCUCUCCGCAGGGACAUGCUGCACCACGGACCCCGAAUGCAUAUCCAACUACUGCCAGGCCGGGAGCUGCGCCCUCAGCCAGACGGGGAAACCCUGCGGUACCGUCGCAGACUGCAAUACCGACAAUACCGCUCCGCAACAACGAUGGGUGUGUGCGCCACAGACGAACACCUGUCUCCUCGGGGUGCUGGGCCUCGGGGCCCCGUGUCUCGGCGACGAGCAGUGCGGGUUCGGGCGUUGUGCGGCGGGAAUCUGUGCGCGGCCCGCAGGGGAGUACGGGGCUGUUUGUCGGCAGACUCCAGAGUGUGUGGCUGGGCUGGUGUGCACGUAUAGUCUGUUCAGUGAGGAUCGCGCCACCAAAAUGUGUCAGGCGGCGCCGGGGCCAGGGGCGUAUGGGGCGCCGUGUGCGGGCGACGGGGACUGUGUGUCGGGGAACUGUGGGGUGAAUGGGGAGUUGGUCUGCGGGGAGCCAAGGGUGUGUAAGGAGGAAGGCGAGGGCUGUUGGCGCGAUGCUGAUUGUUGUCGGGGUGGGUGUCGGUUUGGGAGGUUGUGGGUUUGGAGGACUUGUGAGGUUUAA